AUGAAUCAUACUGAUGAUAAUUCAUCACCAUUGUGUACUCCAUCACCACCUGUUCUUCACCUAAAUAAUGUCUACUCCGGACAAAGUAGUAUCUCACCACAGUUUAAUAUUGAUACGAAUCUCGACAAAAAACAGGAUAUAGCACCACUUAUGGCAUCUAUCGAAAAUUUAAAACAAUUGAUUGCAAUCCCAUUAGCAAGCUUUUCAGAACGAGAAAAAAAUGAUGAAAAAAUUAUGGAGAAAUUGCAGAAACAAGAACAAAUGAUUGCAAUCCUAUUAGCAAGCUUUUCAGAACGAGCAAAAAAUGAUGAAAAAAUUAUGGAGAAAUUGCAGAAACAAGAACAAAUGAUUAAAUCAUUGAUGAAAAAGUCUCCAUUGUCAUUACAAUCAAAUAUUUCAAAUAAUGCAACUGCUCAACAACAAACUGAGUUAAUGUCAACAAUAAAUGGUUCUCAAUUAUCACUUGUUGCUAAUGAAAUAUCAACAAUCACAACAACAAAUAGUGGAAUAUCCGAAGAACAACGAAUACUCGAAGAUAUACAAAAUGGAAAUUUUAUGAAAAAUAACCAACACGAGGAGAUUCGAACUCAUGCUACAUAUGUAACAACAAAUGAAUUAUAUUUUAAUAAUCAAUCAUCUACGAAACCUGAUGAAAUUGAUAGAAUUCGAUAUCAAAAAAGUCAAAAAAAAGCUAAAACUGGAAAAGAGUGCAACGAGGUAUCCAACAAAAUAGCAGAUCAAACGUCGGGUUCAAUGAGUAAUACUGAUAAUGAAAAUCAACGACAAAUUAAGUUAAAAUCAAAGAAUAGCCAACAUAAAUCAUCGUCGAUUUCUGUUGAUUAUCAGCUACUACAUCAAGUAGUUGGAACCAACAACAAUUCAUCUACUACUAAUUUAUUAAAUGAACCUGUUGCAGUCCAUUUACGUCAUCCAAUUAAAACUAAAUUCGAAGAGAUGACGAAAGUAAGAAGACCUGUUUCACUCACGGAUGAUUUUAACAAUCCACUAGAAUUAAUUGUGAGUAGUGGUCGGUUACCCUCUGGUAAUGUUGAUAUGGAUUUAAGCAUGGUAUCACAAUCUCAGGAUGGAAAUCAUUUUAGUCCUUAUAGCCUCUCAACAAAAAACGACGGAACAUAUUCUGAUAUAUUAUCUGUCAAAUGUAAAAUUCCUGAAAGAUUCCAUUGUACACUUGGUACUGGUCAUCAACGGUUAAAAAUUUCAUUAAUCGAUGGCUUUUAUAUUAUUGAAAAUAAUCAAAUGACGGAAUUUUGUUAUGUAAAUUGUAAAGAAGAAUCUUUCGAAACAUGCUUCGAAAUAGUCAAGCGAGAUGAAUGUUUAAUUGGUCCCAUUCAUUGUUCGGUGGAGAUUCAACCUUUAUAUUGUGAAGAUUCUUCUAUAUCAUCACCUAUAACAUAUUACCCUGACCUAUGGUGA